AUGUUAGUAACUGCGUAUGCUGAGAAGUUCGAAGAUAUGGCUGCUUAUUCUAGGCAGGCCGCGUACGCACCUUAUGAGAGUUUGAAGAAAGUUCAAGAAGAAAGGGAUCAGUAUAGGAGUGGACAGAGAGACCAAGGGAGGCCAGGUAGCCAGUUUAGGCCUAGAUCUCAAGCUUUCAAGGGAAAACAGGUGCAACAUGCAAGAUCUAACCAACCUCCUCAAUGUCAAAGGGAGGGACGCAUGUCUAGGGAAUGUCCUCAGAAUAAGAAUCAGAUGCAGGGGAGGGGCACUGGUCGAGUUUAUACUUUGGAUGCAAGGAAGGCUAAAAGCAACAAUGCCUUAAUUGCGGGUACGUGUCUCAUCAAUAAUCAUCCUUGUUUUAUAUUGUUUGAUUGUGGGGCGACACACUCUUUUAUAUCAAUUCGGUGCAUGAAGCGUCUUAGCUUGCAAGCAAUUCCCUUGUCUCCUCCUACGGUGGUUACUACCGCCAUGGAUGAUGUGGUUGAUGUAGUUUUAGGGAUGGAUUGGCUUUCCGCCAAUUCGGUGUUUACUGGAUGUGAAGAGAAGUUGUUUAUCAUUCCAUCUAGUGAAGCUACUCCAAAGGAUGUAUUAACUACUAUCUUUGAAGGGACGAUUGGCAUGGUUAAUUUCUUAUUUGAGAAUGAAAAGUCAACUCUCUUGGUUCUUACCAAGGAAUCUAGCGAUAACCUGAGUGUUACACAAAUUCCUGUUGUUUGUGAAUUUCCGGAAGUUUUCCCUGAGGAUGUCGCCUCUCUUCCUCCUGAAAGGGAAGUGGAAUUCUCUAUUGAUCUUAUACCUGGGACGGAUCCAAUCUUCGUUUCUCCGUAUCGCAUGGCGCCCCUCGAGUUGAGAGAGUUGAAGAAUCAAUUGGAAGGGUUGUUAACCAAGCAUUUCAUCUGA